AUGGAAUCUAAAACCUCCACACUUGACGAGGCUCAACGUACGCCAAGCUCAAGCACUGCAAACAGAUCGCCUUGGCUCGCAUCAGCUUUUGGAGGUUCCAAAGUCACUAUUGGUCCCCGCGUCGAACCCCUCGCCGAGCACUUGGCAUCUAACCUUGUCUCCGAGACAGAUAGCACCUCAGCUGUAGACCUGCACGACAAGCAGGUCGCUUCCGAAGCGGGAAAUGCCAUCCAGUACAGAACAUGUUCUUGGCAAAAGACGGCUGGACUUCUCUUUAGCGAGUACAUUGUACUUUCUAUCAUGAGCUUUCCUUGGUCCUACAGUCUUCUAGGCCUUGUCCCCGGAUUGAUCUUGACUGCUGUUGUUGCUGGGCUCGUCCUGUAUACGAGUCUCGUUUUGUGGGAAUUCUGUCUGCGACACCCCGAGGUUCGCGAUGUUUGCGACAUCGGCCAGAUGAUUUGGUGGAAUGGACGAUGGGCUUGGUGGUGGACGGCAGCCAUGUUUGUCCUCAACAACACCUUUAUCCAAGCUCUCCACGUCCUUGUCGGCGCAAUCUACCUAAACACCAUGACCGAGGCCGAUAACAUCAAGGGCUGCAGGACUGUUGCAUUCGCCGUAGUAGUGACCGCCAUCAGUUGGAUCGGGUCGCUCCCACGUACCUUUAGCAUGCUGUCAAAGCUCGCAUUUGCGUCGACACUGUUUACUUUUGUCUCGGUCAUAUUAGCAACCGCUUUUUCGGGAGCACAAGGCAAGCCUGCUGGUUAUCCUAGCAAGGGUGAGCCUAUAAUCUCGAUAUGGACGCCAAGUAGCACCACUCUUGUUACAGGCAUGUCGGCUUUUAUGAACAUGAGCUACACGUUUAUCGGCCAAACCACCAUUCCCAGCUUCAUUGCCGAGAUGCGCGAUCCCCGCGACUUCCCUAAAGCAUUGUGGGCUUGCACAUGCGCCGAAAUCGUCACCUUCAGCAUAGUCGGCUCAGUCAUUUACGCUUACACGGGUAACCAGUACAUGGUCACGCCAGCUUUUGGUGUCCUCAAUGACCUCUACAAAAAGGUCUCAUAUUCUUUCAUGAUUCCUACUAUUAUCUUUGUCGGGUGCCUCUACGCCAGCGUGACAGGCAGAUUCGUCUUCUUUCGCAUGUUCAAAGACUCAGAGCAUCUCACUUCGCAUACCUUCAAGGGCUGGUCCUGGUGGAGCUUCGUUUUGUUCCUCAGCUGGGCUGCAGCAUUCCUCAUUGCUGAGCUGAUUCCCUUCUUCUCAUCUUUGUUGUCCGUCAUGUCAUCUCUGUUCAACUGCUGGUUCGGCUUUAUCUUUUGGGCACUGGCCUACUUUCGCAUGCGAAAUGCCGAUAAGAAGGUUGGAAGGACACGGCAGCCUAUCCUUGACUUCCUUUCCGUGACUCUAAACAUCAUCAUUAUGUUGACUGGUGUUUUGUACCUCACGCUGGGGACGUAUGUCAGUGUUCAAGGUAUCAUAGACCAGUUUGAAGCUGGACAGGUGUCUGGUGUGUUUUCAUGUAAGAGCAACGGCAUUUGA